CUGGCUCCAGUCUCCCAAUGGCGAGCCCCGGCUCCUGCGUGUCACCGCGCGGCCCCCGCCUGUCAGCAGCAUCUUCCUAGGACACGGGAGCUGCGGCUGCUGCAGCCUCACAGGCACAUGCCGGGCUCCUCUGCGCCUCACCUACGGGCUGCAGAUUUCCUAAAUAUAAAAGCUUCAUUGCACAGAUGAAUGUCCUACAAGAUGGCCCCAUGAAAACCCCCUUUAAAUAAUCAGAGAUUUUCAGAUGAAUGAAAACUGAUUUCCGCUGAUCUUAUUCAGAUGAGCAGGGCUGUCUGGAUGUACAGAAGAACACAAAGGUGAACUUCCCAUAUAUAAGGUGGUGAUUGACCUAGAAAGAAGACUAUGAAACGGCAAUCUCAAACAUGGAGGAUCCCAGACUGAAGAAGUCCUGAAGAUUGAUGGAGGGCCAUGCUAUUCAAACAGCAGGCGUUGCUGAGACAGAAGCUUUUGGUGCUAGGCAGCCUUGCUGUUGGAAGUCUCCUGUAUCUAGUUGCCAGAGUUGGGAGCUUGGAUAGGCUGCCGCCAAUUUGUCCAAUCGAGGGUAGAUUCGGUCCACAAAAUCAGGAUGCAAUCGCUCUUCGCGCUAUGCAGUAUAAAAGAGGACUCUUACAUGAAUUCCGUAAAGGAAACGCAACUAAAGAGCAAAUUCUUCUUCAUAAUUUGGUCCAGCAGCUACCAAAGGCGAUAAUUAUUGGUGUGAGAAAAGGAGGAACUAGAGCCCUACUUGAAAUGUUAAAUCUCCAUCCUGCUGUGGUAAAGGCCUCUCAAGAAAUUCAUUUUUUUGACAAUGAUGAGAACUACGCAAAGGGCAUUGAGUGGUACAGAAAAAAGAUGCCCUUCUCCCACCCUCACCAAAUAACCAUAGAGAAAAGCCCUGCAUACUUCAUCACGGAUGAGGUCCCUGAGAGGAUUUAUAAGAUGAACUCCUCCAUAAAGUUACUCAUAAUUGUUAGAGAGCCAACAACGAGAGCCAUUUCUGACUACACACAGGUGUUGGAAGGCAAGGAAAGGAAAAAUAAGACCUACUACAAGUUUGAAAAAAUGGCGGUGGACUCGAAUACCUGUGAGGUGAACACCAAGUACAAGGCAGUGAGGACCAGUAUCUAUACAAAGCAUCUAGAAAGGUGGCUGAAGUAUUUCCCUAUUGAACAGUUUCACAUUGUUGACGGGGAUCGCCUAAUCACUGAACCACUACCAGAACUGCAACUGGUUGAAAAAUUUCUCAAUCUACCGCCCAGGAUAAGUCAAUACAACCUAUACUUUAAUGCUACCAGAGGUUUCUAUUGUUUGCGGUUUAACAUUGUCUUUAACAAGUGCCUGGCGGGUAGCAAGGGGCGCAUACAUCCUGAGGUCGACCCCUCAGUUAUUACCAAAUUGCACAAGUUCUUUCAUCCUUUUAAUCAGAAGUUUUACCAGAUCACUGGGAGGACAUUUAACUGGCCCUGACUACAACUAUUGUCUACAACACUAUGUGUUGCACAUUGCUUUCAGUAAUGUCUAUAAUAGGACAAUUAUGCACUUUUCAAGGACACCUUUAAUACCGAAACGAAAAUGUUUAAUUUCUUGAGAAAAAAAACUAAAUAAUGUAUGUGACCAAAUAUUUUAAGGGAACGGUUUCUAUUGAAAAUGAAACAGAAACUCUUCCCAAAGAUACAACUACGAUUAGCAUUCUAACAAAUGGAAAUGCCACUUUUACGUUUUUAGACCAUAAUAGUAGAGGAAAUUAUGUUCUCUUCUGUUUCAAACAUUACAUUACCUUACCCAUAGAUGCCUCAAGCCAUAAAGGUACCCAUAGAUGGUAGUUGAAUUUCACCUAAUCCAAAUGAUUUCCACAGCAUCUAGCGCAGACUUCAUGUCUAUGGGUGCCACUGCUAUUAGAUGUCUGCACCACUAUUUCAGUCAUUGGAAAUUGACAUUUGGAGCAUAAUGUGUUCAUGAGAACAUGAGCUUCAGCAGCAUGACUUGUUUAUGUAGAUCCAUAGGGCACCCCUAGGCUUUAGCUGAUCUUAGCUAAGCUUGGUCAGUUUUAGAAGGAUGUCCUAGCUAUAUAGAUUAGAAAGGUAAGGAUGUGCCAUCUGGCUGCAAACCCAAUUUCUACCGACAUAGCCAUAAGUAUGCAAGCUUAAAUAGUCUAAGGGAGCAAGUUUAGAAGGGGUUUUCACACUUCAGCAAAUGGCAUUUAGCAUGUAGAGAAAGCUAAUACAGGGCACUUCCUAAUGUAUUGUGAUUAUCCAUAUUGCUUCCUUCGCUGGCUUGAUUCAUUUUCCCA